AAGCUGUUUGACGAGUUUAUCUACUGUGUUUUUUGUAAUCGGGCACAAUUAUCAGUGCACGGAUUCAGUAAGCGAAGAAGUGGGGGACGUGGCCGGAAAGGAUACUUAAUCGUUGCAUAGGUAGAUCCGUUGGCCAGUACUUGUUCAACGUACGUUACCGGCAACUUCGUGAAAGGAUGUCUCUCAAUCAGAAAUUCGAAGAAGCGGCAGAGGCCGUUAAAUCUCUCACUAAGCGGCCUACGGAUCAAGAAUUUUUGGAACUUUACGCAUUAUUUAAACAAGCGACGGUAGGCAACGUCGACACGUCUAGACCCGGCAUGCUAGAUUUAAAAGGAAAAGCCAAAUGGGAUGCGUGGAAAUCGAAGGACGGUAUGUCGCAAGACGAUGCGAAGGAGGCGUACAUUAAAUUUGUUUCCACAUUGACUGAAAAAUACAAAUGAUGCAAUUCAAUCGUUAUAUUUUCAUCAUUAAUUUAUGCGAAGCAGUCUGUUGUAUCAGCAUAUUUUAUAUCUUGUUAAUUACUAAGAAUUUCUAAAUAAAUAUACCACCUGUUUUCUCCUCA